AUGUCAAGUUUUCCUGGAAGCGUCUAUGAGCGGUACUUGGUGUCUAUCUUUGUAGGAAUUGAUGAAGGCGACACGGGCCUCAUCAACGUGAACCAGCUACACCUGGCACUGUUGUCCAGCAUAACUUAUCUACGGUACCGCGUCAUAUCUCUGAAGACCGCGAGGAUGCUGAUGACCGUGGUCGACCGAGAGCGCACGGGCACCAUAAACAUGCAGCAGUUCUUCUUGCUGUAUCGAAUUGUCUUCGUCUUAUGGAAAUCCUUCCGACAGUACGACCCAAACAACUCUGGAUGGAUUAAGCACGUCGACCUCCGAGCUGCAAUGGCGUGCAACCGCCUCCAGUUCACGGAUUACCAACUGAACGAGGUGCUGAGCUACGACAGCACCAGAGGAUGGAUCAGCCUUGACCACUACCUUCAACUCUGUGCUAUGGGCAUUCUCGCCCGCCUUGUCCGCCGUUAA